AUGGUAUCACAACCUCCUUAUUUUUUCCUCGGACAUAUCUUGCACGCCUCAUCCCUCACCACGUCUGAUGCUGCUGAUCCUUCAAUCUACGAUGAGCCCCAACCUCCUCCUUCCGUCUACGAUGAGCCCCACCCUACUCCACCACCUUCCUUUUACCCAACAUUUGCUGUAAGUAAUAUAAAAAACGUUAUUCCCCUAAUUCUUGAUCAAGAGGACAACCAUUAUGCAACAUGGGUUGAAUUCUUUCGGAUACAUGUAUGUGCCUACAAUGUCCGGGAUCAUAGUAAUGCUCCUGCCCCUCGCCAUUCUACCAUUGAUGAACCUACAUGGCUUCGGCUUGAUGCUAUUGUCGACCAAUGGAUCUAUGGUACCAUCUCCAAAGAUCUCUCUCAAAUCAUCAUGAAAUCCGACGCUACCGCUCAUGAACUUUGGCCAGGUCUAGAAGAAAUUUUCUAUGACAAUAAACAUACUCUUGCGGUGUAUCUGGAGGAGCAAUUUAAUAACACUAGGUUGGAUCAGUUUAGUAAUAUCUCAGAAUACUGCCAGCAAUUGAAAUUACUUGCGAAUCAACUAGCCAAUGUGGAUAACUCGAUCUCGAAAAAUAAGAUGGUUCUUCAAUUAGUUGAUGGCUUACCUAAGGGUGAAUAUGACAGCCUAGCCACCAUGAUACAACAGGCAAAUCCCCUCCCUACCUUCAACCAUGCCCGAUCUCAACUUCUCCUUGAAGAAACUCGGCGCACGAAACAAGAGGAACACAUAGAUACAACCCUUGUUACCGCCUCUUCCACCACCACUGCUCCACCAGGACAACCACCGGCAACCCAUCCUCGCGGUGGCGGCAAUCACUAA